UUAAGUGCCCAGAUUAGAGACAUCCGACUUCUCUGGAGGAGAUGUCCCGUUACAAGCAUGCCGGAGAUACGGAGGCACGACAGCCGCUUCUCACGGGACAUCGCCUGGACGCAAGCGAGCUGGACUCGGAUGAAGGUGAAGUCAUUUUUGACAGAACAGCAGAAGCUGGUGGGCACGUACUGCAGAAACUGACAUAUGAGGAAGCAGUGGAAAGAGCAGGUUUUGGUUUGUUCCAUUGGCUGCUGCUGGUGGUUUGUGGUUGGGCCAAUGCCAGCGAUGCUGUGGAGAUUCUUUGUGUUUCUUUUCUGCUGCCAACGGCACGCUGUGAUCUCCAGCUGAGCUCCUCAGACAUGGGCCUGCUGACAGCAAGCAUUUUCCUCGGAAUGAUGGUGGGUGGCUACAUGUGGGGUUACUUGGCUGACCAGAAGGGGCGUCGCAGGGUUUUGAUUGUGUCUCUGACAGUCAAUGGGCUGUUUGGGGGUCUGGCUAGCUUGGCUCCAUGGUUCUGGCUCUUCCUGUUGAUGCGGUUCAUCAGUGGCAUUGGGGUCGGCGGGUCGAUUCCUGUCAUUUUCUCCUACUUCUCAGAGUUUAUGCCCCGGCUGAGGAGAGGUGCGAUGAUCAGUUGUCUGGCCACUUUUUGGAUGGCAGGAAACAUCCUGGCUGCAGGUCUGGCCUGGCUGGUGAUCCCCAGAACCUGGGUAUAUUUGUCUCUGGGAACACUGGAGUUCAAGAGCUGGAGGCUGUUUGUGGUGCUGUGCUCCGUUCCCAGCAUCACGUCGGCACUCAUUUUCAAGCUGUUCAUGCCUGAAAGCCCCAAGUUCCUCAUGGAGGCUGACCGUGAGAAAGAAGCAAUCCAUGUUUUCAGAUUGAUGUUUAAGCUGAACAUGAAAGGAAAAGAAAAGACUCCUCCGGAGUUUGGUUUGCGUACAAGUUCUACCCAAAAAGGUGACAAAGGCAAGACCAGAAGCUUGGGCUCAAGUAAAGAACGUCUUGCAAAUAUUUUGAAAAAGGCUUUGGCACCCAUUAAAAAGAUAUUUCGGAGCCCUUUCAAAUCCAGGAGUUUCCCUCUUCUCAUCAUUUUCUACUCAAUAUCUUUUGGUUACUACGGGCUGUGGAUGUGGUUUCCUGAGCUGUUUGAGAGAACCGAAGACGGCGGCUCGCCCUGCGCAAAUGUGUCCCGCCCGUCUGCAGGUCAGAAUGAAACCUGUGACCUGGUCAAGACAGCAGCAGUAUAUAGGGAUGGCUUCAUCAUAGCUGCGGCAAACCUGCCGGGUAACAUCUUCACUAUUCUUGUGAUGGACAGCACUGGAGGAAAGGCUCUGCUUUCCGGCAGCCUGUUGUUGUCCAGUCUGAGUGUCUUCUUCAUCUAUGUGGUUCAGACCAAAGCUCAGAGUCUGAUCCUGUCCUGCGUCUUCAGCGGGGUGUCCGUGAUUGCCUGGAAUGCGCUGGAUGUCGUAGGAACUGAGCUCUACCCGACAAAGCUACGGUCCUCUGCUCUUGGUUUCUUCACAGGCGUGGGCCGAGUGGCAGCCAUCAUGGGUAACUUGGUCUUUGGAAGGUUGGUGGACGCAAACUGUGCUGUCCCCAUCCUGCUGGUGUCAGCCCUGCUGCUCACUGGAGGACUGGUGAGUCUUCUGCUCCCACAAACCAGGCAGACAGAGCUCACGUGAAGACUCACAUUGUUUUAAAUGGAUUCAGCUUCCUCUUAACAUCCUCAUGGACGGGUAAAGCGACUUGAAGCUCUGUAAUCUCUGUAUUUUCUGGCUGAAUCCUGUGCCUUCUGUCAUCUUUUUUCUAUGGUGCCUAAUUUAAAAAUUCCACCGCUAAGACAAAUUGUCAAAAAAUAGUCGGCUCUCUCUGCCUUCCAAGAAUUACUGGAAGCUGAGAAAGAAGUGCCAGUGUGUUAUUAAAAUCCUGGAUACCUGUAAAAAGUUUGUAUGUAAAUGACAAAA